AAUCAUUUCUUCUACAUUUCUCUUCUCUAUUGUUCCCUCGAUUAAUUUGGUGACUCCUCAAUUAAACUCGAUAUUAGUGCUGUCGGCCGACCAAUUUACACCGCCGUUUGUCGGGUUUCUUUUGUUCGUUCGAGUACACUGGUUGCAAAUCAAAAAACAUAAUGAGUGCGUCAACGUUCAGGCCGGAAUGUUUCUUUGGACGGUAGGACAUGCACUCGUUACCGCCGUCGACGACAAUAUUUGCCACCCGCGCCGGACCCAGCAGUCCUCCGCAACAUGUCGAAAUUCAUAUGUGAUAUAAUAUAUAUUUAUAAAUAAUAUAAAACAGCGACGGCAGUUAAUCGUAUACCAGACAUGGGAACACCAACAAAACCGUUACCCAAUACACCUCCUGUGGCAAAAUCAAUGUUUGAACACGUCAAACUCGAACAUAUGGUGGCUGGCUUCACUGGAGGAGUUGCAUCAACACUCGUGCUUCAUCCAUUAGACUUGCUGAAAAUACGUUUUGCAGUAAAUGAUGGUAGGAAUGCCAUACCAAGUUAUGCUGGAUUAGGAAAUGCUGUCACUACAAUAUUUAGACAAGAAGGAAUCAAAGGACUUUACAAAGGAGUGACACCAAAUGUAUGGGGAUCUGGAAGCGCGUGGGGAUUUUAUUUCUUAUUUUACAACUCAAUUAAAGCUUGGAUUCAAGGGGACAAUACUAAGAAGCCCUUGGGCCCAGCACUUCAUAUGACAGCUGCUGCGGAAGCCGGAGUCCUUACUUUGAUUAUGACCAAUCCAGUGUGGGUAGUGAAGACAAGAUUGUGCUUGCAGUUUGACCGACCCAAUGACCCUAACAAAGGUUAUAGUGGGAUGUGGGAUGCCUUUCGGAAGAUCUAUGGUGCCGAGGGUGUGCGAGGUCUUUACAAGGGGUUUGUUCCGGGAAUGUUAGGCGUAUCACAUGGUGCUCUGCAGUUCAUGACAUAUGAAGAGAUGAAGACUUAUUACAACGAGUACAGGAGACUCCCCAUUGAUGCUAAAUUGGAAACAUCGGAAUACAUAGUGUUUGCUGCUUUCUCAAAACUAAUCGCUGCAGGUCUAACUUAUCCAUAUCAAGUUAUACGAGCAAGACUACAAGAUCAACAUCGUGAAUAUAGAGGCACUUGGCAUUGUAUUACACAAACUUGGAGAUUUGAAGGAUGGCAAGGAUUUUAUAAGGGAUUAACACCAAGUCUUUUAAGAGUAGUACCAGCUUCAGUCAUUACAAUUCUUACGUAUGAAAAUGUGUCCAGAUACUUGAUAAGAUUGAAUCAACAGACUAUUAAAUGUUGAUUUUACAAAAAUUAAUUUCAUGUUCAUGUAGUAAAUUAAAGUUGUUAUUGUUUUUAAAUUUAAAACGUAUCAUACAUACUUAAUUUUUACUUGUACUUAUAUUUUUCUAGUGAU